CUUGGACAGAUUGGGCGGUAUAUUCUUCUGUGAUAAGGACUAGAGUGCUGCAGGAAUGGAUGGGAAGGGAAGGCACAUUCCUCCAGCAAUGGUAUGGUGUGAGAGGGGCAUACAGGUGCUUCUCACCACUGUAGGGGCCUUUGCUGCAUUUGCCCUAAUGACAGUGGCCAUUGGCACAGACUAUUGGCUGUACGCACGUGCCUUUAUCUGCAACAGCACUGCCAACUCCACUCAGGACGAACCCCACAACAAGGACAAGAAAGACCCUGGAGCCCUCACUCACUCCGGGCUCUGGAGGAUCUGCUGCCUAGAAGGGUUAAAAAGAGGCAUGUGCUCCCAGAUCAACCAUUUCCCAGAGGAUGCUGAUUAUGACCAGGAUGCCGCAGAAUACCUCUUACGUGUAGUCAGGGCCUCCAGUAUAUUCCCCAUCCUCAGUGCUAUACUGUUGCUGCUAGGUGGGGUAUGCGUGGCAUCCAGUCGCUUCUACAAGAGCAAGAGACACAUUAUCCUGGGAGCUGGCAUUCUGUUUGUGGUAGCAGGCCUGAGUAACAUCAUUGGUGUGAUUGUGUACAUCUCAGCCGCACUGAGCGACAUCUCACCAAAGAAAGACGAAGACAAGAAAUGGCACUACUCCUAUGGCUGGUCUUUUUACUUUGGUGGCCUGUCUUUCAUCCUCGCUGAAGUGGUGGGUGUUCUAGCCGUUAACAUCUAUAUCGAGCGCAACAAGGAGCUGCGUUGCCGCUCCCGUGCUGACCUCUUCCACAGCACUACGUCAGCUGUGCUGCGGCUACCCUCUUACCGCUUCCGCAGGGGCCGCCGUUCCUCACGUUCCAGUUCACGUUCUACAGCCGAGCCGCCGCGUUCGUGCGACCCCUCGCCGCCCGGCCUUGGUGUCAAAAAUUUUAGUCCACCUCUGGCCACUGGCCCGCCGCCAUUCUCAGUGGCUACGCUGCCCAAUCCACACACACAUUCAGGAGGAGGUGGAGGUGGUGGAGGCGGAGGAGGAGGAGGAGGAGGAGUCGGGGACAUCUCCAUGUACACACUUGGCAGGGAAGGCAAGCCACCCAUGUACGGAACAGUGGACCGUGCGUCUCUCUACCAGCUUCACAACUACUUUCCGACAAAGGAAGGAGGAGCAGGGACACUCAUGACCGGAACAUUGCCAUCGCUUUCCAAAUCAAACCUGGCUUCAUCGGCUAAUGCCUCAUCUUCCUCUGGCCCUGGAGUGCCACCUUCCACACUCACAGCUGGGAAUACGGCGACUAUGGAGAGGGAUAGGGGGCUUGGCACGCUUGACCGGCUGGGGAAAGGUGAUAGCAGCAACACCAAUACUCUAAACAGGAGAACAACCCCAGUGUAACACAGGACUCGGAAAAAGGCUGGGGGUGGGGGAUUAGCAACUGAAGGAGGUGGUAAAGAAGAGAAAAUGAAGGAGAGUGUGGUUGCUUGGUCAGGUUAUAA